GUGUGUGAGUGACUGUGUGUGUGAUAGUCGUGGCCUCAACUCAAAAUUUUUUGUUCGUUUUUCCUUUUGCUGCCCCAGCAAAAAAGCAAUAAAAUAAUUAACAUUGCUUUGAUUUUAAUAAAUAAUUCAACGGUCACCAUUUACUUCAGCCCAGCCAAAGGCCAAAAAUUAACAUUAAUUUUUAGCCAUUUAAUAUUUUUGCAACUCAAUAAAUAAAGAAAAAUCAUACUACGCGAGUGUACGUUUGACACAGAGAGAGCGAGAGAGAGAGGGAGAGAGAAAAAAGUUGGAUCUUAUGAAUUAGAAAUUUUAGACAAGGAUGUCAGCCUACAAUGCGAAUAUAGUGCCACCACCCAUGGCGGCACCACCACCCAAUGGCAAUCAGUUUAAUGGACAGUCAGCUCCAACUGUAGCUCCGCCACCAAUGCAAUAUCAACAACAACAACAACAACCUGUCCAACAGAAGCUGCCUCUACAGCAGCAGCAAUACCAACAGCCUCCUCCUCCGAUUAGUGGGUAUCAACAACCAGGAGUUGCUGCACCAACUGUUGGCAAUCUGCCUCCGCCUCCCUUGCAAUUUAAUAGCAAUGUUAUCAACAAGUUUCUGCCGCCAGUAACCACAACAGCUGCACCACCGGGUCCCGGUCCCAAUGGUCUGCCACCACAUUUAAGACCCACGCCCACUCAAAAUGGACCACCAUCGAUGAUUAAUGGCAGCAAUGGUGCCCAUAGCAGUGCCAAUUCCUCACGCACUGCAUCACCGGGCCUAAUGACAACUGCUCCAAAGCCACCACCACCAACAAAUGUGGCCAACUUGACGAGUAAUUUGCAGAAUUUAAAUUUACAGCCAACGAAUGGUAUAUCAGGACCACCUCCCACAACACAACAACAACAACAGCAGCAGCAACAACUGGUCCAUAAGGAUUAUCGUGGUGUGGCUGUGGGUGCGGUUGGCAAUAAUCCCCCUCAAUUGGAUACAAGUGGAGCCAAUAGCCUGAUUUCUGCCAGUGGCCUCACGGCACAAGUUCCGUUACCAAAUCACAUGGCUAGUCCUUUUAGUGCUACAAACAAAUUAAUAUCAUCGGCGCCCUUGAAUUCGAGUUCAGCUCGAGUAUUUGGGAAUGCAGCGCCUGUUGCUAAGCCGCCGCAAUCAUCUGGUCAGAAAAUUCUUUAUGGUGUUCAGGCGACGCCGGAUCAGCAGCAGCAUCAGCAACAACAACAACUGCAGCAGCAGAAUCAGCAAAAUAAUAAUCUACAAAGACCACCACAAGCAGCAGCACCACCACCAACAGCAGCAGCAGCACCGACAGGAGCAAGUCAAGCAUGGCAACCCACUCAAUUGAUGAGGCCACCAGUGCCAGGUGUUCCAACUAUGCAGCCUCUUCAACAGGCUCAAGCACCGCCUCCUUUGGCCAAGCCACCACUAGCAGGAGGACCACUGCCGCCUCAGCAACAGCAGCCAGGUUAUCCCUAUGGCCAAGCCUAUGCGCAGCAAACGGCAUUGCCUCCGCCACCCACACUGCAACCGCCGCCUCCCACUGGCGGAGUAUUUGGUGUACAACAACCGAAUCAAGCUCCCUUGCAAUAUCAAACGCAACCUCCUCCACCGCCUGUCCAGCAGCCCUAUGGAGCUUCUAAUCCUGCUGCAGCAGCAUCACCCAUGCAAUUCGCCCCCAUGAAUGUCACACAGCAGGGAUUCAGCCAGCUGUGGGGUCAAGAUACAAUUGAUUUGAUGCAAAAUCGUCAUGUCCUAUCGCCAGCCACAUUGCAGACACCGAAAAUUGUUCUACACAAUCAAUUCCAAGAGUCCAUCAAUUGUAGUCCAAAUAUUAUGCGUUGCACUUUAACCAAAAUACCCGAAAGCAAUUCUCUUCUACAGAAAUCAAGAUUGCCCUUGGGUAUAGUCAUACAUCCAUUUCGUGACGUGAAUAGCCUACCCGUGAUCCAGUGCAUCAAUAUUGUACGUUGUCGCCUGUGUCGCACUUACAUUAAUCCCUUCGUCUAUUUUGUUGAUAGCAAAAUGUGGAAAUGUAAUCUCUGCUAUCGUGUCAAUGAAUUGCCUGAGGACUUCCAAUUUGAUCCGGCCACCAAGACAUAUGGCGAUGUAACCCGUCGACCGGAAGUCCGAUCGAGUACCAUUGAGUUUAUUGCUCCCUCGGAGUAUAUGCUGCGUCCCCCACAGCCGGCCAUGUAUUUGUUCCUUUUCGAUGUAUCGAUAAUUGCCCAACAGAGCGGUUAUCUGGAGACAGCUUGUGCGGUAUUGAGUCGACAUUUGGAUGAAAUGCCAGGAGAUGCACGCACCCAAGUGGGUUUCAUAUGCUACGAUAGUUUUGUGCACUUUUAUAGCAUGGCCGAUGGCCUAAAUCAACCGCAUGAGAUGACUCUAUUGGAUAUUGAUGAUCCAUUUUUGCCACGUCCCGAUAGUUUAUUGGUUAAUCUUAAAGAAUGUAAAGAAUUGGUCAAGGAUUUGUUAAAACAAUUGCCCAAACGAUUUGCCCAUACGCAUGAUCCUGGUUCGGCAUUGGGUGCUGCCCUCCAAGUAGCCUUCAAACUGAUGCAAGCCUCUGGUGGCCGCAUAACAGUGUUUCAGUCGUGCCUUCCCAAUAAGGGUCCUGGAGCCUUGGAGCCACGUGAAGAUCCCAAUAAUCGUUCGUCCAAGGAUGUUGCCCAUUUGAAUCCGGCCACAGAUUUCUAUAAACGUUAUGCUCUAGAAUGCUCUGGCUAUCAAAUAGCCUGCGAUUUAUUCUUAAUGAAUCAACAAUAUAGUGACAUGGCCACCAUUUCUGGCAUCAGUAAACACAGCGGCGGCUGUGUCCAUCAUUUUCCACUCUAUCAGAAGAGCAAACCCCAUAUGGUGGACUCGUUCCGCAUGUGUUUCAAACGAUAUUUGACACGCAAAAUUGGUUUUGAAGCUGUGAUGCGUAUACGUUGCACACGCGGACUCCAAGUCCAUACAUUCCAUGGCAAUUUCUUUGUACGCUCUACGGAUUUGUUGUCCUUGCCUAAUGUUAAUCCCGAUGCUGGUUUCGGCAUGCAAAUCUCCUAUGAGGAGAGCCUAAGCGAUGUUAAAACGAUUUGCUUCCAAGCGGCGUUGCUCUACACGAAUAGCGAGGGAGAGCGACGCAUACGAGUGCAUACGGUGUGUCUGCCGGUGACGGCAUCUCUGCCAGAAGUGAUGCAUUCGGCCGAUACGGAAGCCAUUAUUGGUCUGUUAUCCAAAAUGGCUGUUGAUCGUUCAAUAGCCUCAAAUCUAUCCGAUGCCCGGGAUGCCUUCAUCAAUGCAACUAUCGAUGUGUUCAAUGCAUUUAAGAUUGCCCAAAAUCUACCAUCUGGACAAUCGGGUCAAUUGAUAGCACCACGAAGUUUGGCCCUAAUGCCAAUGUAUAUCUUGGCUAUGCUGAAACAUCCUGCUUUCCGUGUGGGCACCAGCACUCGCUUGGAUGAUCGUGUCUAUGCCAUGGAUUGCAUGAAAACUUUGCCCUUGGAUCAGCUUAUGAAAUAUGUCUAUCCAGAGCUAUACAAAAUCGAUGCACUCAUCUAUCAUGCACGCAAUUCUAAUGUCAGCAGUAACCAGCAGGAAGACGAAGAUGACGACGAUGAGCCAUUACCAGAUUUGCCGCGUCUUCAAUUGUCGGCAGAGCAUCUGGAUUCACGUUCAAUAUUUUUGAUGGACUGCGGCAACCUAAUAAUGCUCUAUGUGGGACUGAAUGUACCCGUUGAUGUCCUAGAAUCUGUUUUAGGCAUCGGUUCAACUGCUGAAUUGGCCGAUUAUGUCUAUGGAUUGCCAAGUGUUGCGACUGCCGAGAAUGAUGUGCUCAAGCGUUUCAUUUUGCGUCUAAAUUAUGAUAAACCCUAUGGGCCGCUAGUGCAAAUAAUUAGGGACACAAGCCUCGCCAAGGGUAUGUUUAUUGAGAGAUUAACCGAUGAUCGCAGUGAAUCUAGUUUGUCCUAUUAUGAAUUUUUGCAACACAUUCGGGCUCAGGUUAAAUAGUAUAUAAGCAGAAAAACCAAUAACUAUUAUUGUAUAAACGAUAAAUGGGAAUUUCUUAGAACUUGAGACAACAUAAACAAAAGAAAACAAGAAAAAAAAAAACAAAUGGUGACUAUGCGAAAAUCUGUAGAGAGAACAAAAGAGCUGGAACUACUUGAUAUAUUGAAAUAUUAUAAUAAGUCAGAGAAGAAGAGAUAUAUAGAAGAAGAAUUAAAAAAACAGAAAAUACCAUGUA